AUGUGUUUCACAGUGAUCAGUCCUCCAGUGAACGGCACAGAGGAGGCUUUAGAGGACGGUCAGGGCCAGACUGGCGUUCUGGGCUGGCUGUCCAAUGGCUUCGUCAGCGCACUGCCACAGCCUUCAAACUCCCCUCGUCUCAGCAGGGCCAACUCUGACGCCAGGGUGAGUCCGCAGAGCGCUGAGUCGGGGGUGGUGGGCUGGGUCGCUCAGGGUCUGACCAAAGUUCUGCCUCAGCCGGAUGAGAAGUACAAAGAGGAGCCAACCCUGACGAGCAGACGGAGAAAUCAGAGCCAGGCGUCCAAACGGCACCAGCAUUACGAUCCUCUUCCGCACAUCCCCGUGGUGGAGAUGGUGUCAGACGAGGAAACGUCACACAUCGAGGAUUUGAACCCUAACUUUCCUCCCAACAUGGUGAACUGGAUCAAGCAGAUCAUCCCUCAGCCUGUGCCCCCGGGCGCCGUACCCAUCGAACCGAAGCCCAAGUCCUCCCGCACCUCCCUCGACAAAAUCUUCUCUCCCCCACCUGAAUCUCUCAGUGGAAUCUCGCUGGACACCGACAGCAAAGCCUCCAGUGUGGUCGGCUGGUUUGUGUCCGGACUGGGUUUGAAGAUGCCUCAGCCCGCUCUUCCUGCUAAAGAAGAAACUGAGGGUGCGACGGAGGUCCUGCAGAAAGCCUCAGACAAACUGAAGCCUGACAUGGUCCUGGAAGAUGUGGAGUCGGACAACGAGGGCCAGCCGAGAUGUGAGGAUCGUCCCAAAGCUACAGUAUCGUCCAUGAGUCAGGUUUCUGCAGCGGAGCAGCAGCUGCAGCAGUCCAGCAACAUCCAGCCUCAGGGUGCUGGCGAGCCGCUGCAGUCAGACGUGACAAAAACAUCUCAGGAAGAUGCAGAGACCCAGACAGGCCGCUGGACGCCGUUCAUUGAAACCAUCAAGAGGGAAGCUGAAGGUGUGGCUUUAGCCACAAUGGAGGAACGUCUGCUGCAGGAGAGGUUCGAGAUGGCGCGAAUGGCUGAAGAGGUGGCCAGGCACACGGCUGAGAUGGCCAUCAGACAAAUGACCAGUGAGGGGCAGUCCAUCAAACUCUCACUGGGGAGUCAAGAGCCGCUGGAGGAGCUAGACGAAGAGCUGCCAGAGCCACAGGAAGAGAUCACUCCAGCCAGCUGCGAUGCAUUUAAAAGCUGCCUGAUGCGCAUUCCUCACACUUCCGAGUGCUUCGGCAACAUCAACGCGUUCUUCAAAGAGAACGGCAUCUCUCCUCCCAAAAUCCCUAAGCUCCCCACCCGACUCUCCGACGUGACCAAGUACUUACCUUCCCUACCUCCGGAGUUACGCCAAGAAUUCUCCCAGAUCAGACUCACGCAGGUCCCCCGAAACAUCGCGCAGACUCUGACUGAGCUUCUGCCUAAAAACUCGACGUCCGGGACCGUCUCAACAGCCUUAUGCCUCAAGAUGCCUAAGAAACAACAACAGCAGCAACAUCAACAACAGCAAAAACACAAGCAACACAAGAUUCGCCAAGAUGUAGAACUCAGCCGGUUAGGGCAACCCUCCCCUCUUCCUCCUCCUCCUCCUCCUCCUCCUCAUCCUCAGCUGCGAUCUCGCUCCCCGUCCCCAUCCCUCUCCCCGUCCUCCCCUCACUGCAGCCCUCUUGACCUGCCCAACGUGCCAUCCUAUUCACGCCUGCCACCCAUCGUCAGCCCUCCGUCUAAGCAGCUUAGCUCCCUGUCCCGGAAGCUUUCUGGCCUCUCUAACCCGGCGUUCUUCAUCGAAGAUGACUCAGACGUGUCAGCUGUAAGACCUGCAGAGAGCUCCAGCCUCAGCCUCCGUCCAGCCGUCAACGUUGAAGAUGUGGACUCUGGCCAUGAGAGAAAAGGAGAAAGGGCCGGGGGGACGGGGGGAGGAGGAGGGACAGGGGAGGACCAGAGCAAUGUCAACCAAAUCCUCAACCCACAAGACCCCAAGCUUACAACCCUCACUGUCCCCGUGACCCCGUCAGGAGGGCGCCAGAGUAAAGGAGAUAAAGAUGGUGGAAGGAAUCGUAGGACUGUCUGGAUGAAGAUUAGGAGGCUGCAUUCCCAGAGUGAAGAAGAUGACGAUGAAGCAAGCAUACCUGUGAGGGCCUGGCCCAGUCAGUCCAGCCUGCACAGCUCAGACGACAUUCUGAAGGAACGCCCUGCGUCUUCGGCCAGUCAGACCAGCACCGUGGUCAACGAGCGACUCCAGGAGCUCGUCCGCAUGUUCAAAGAACGAACCGAGAAGGCCAAGGAGAAACUUAUCGAUCCAGACAGCUCAGACGAAGACAGCGUCGUCCCCUCUCCUCCUCAGGCUCCGGCUCCUCAGCCUGAUCCCGGCCCUCCCCCACCGGGCGAGGACAGGAAGGACGAGUGUCCAGGUCCAUCCGGAAUGGACGCCGAUGGAGCGGCGGCGAGUGAGGCGGAGGAGGAGCCGUCGAGCCGCUGCUGCAAGGUGAAAGCUCCACGGUGGAUGCGAGCCUGUUUGAACUUCCGCUUCCCAGCCAGCAUCGACCCGUUUACCAACCUGAUGUACGUGCUGUGGAUGUUCCUGGUGUCUCUGGCCUGGAACUGGAACGUGUGGUUCAUCCCUGUGCGCUGGGCCUUUCCCUACCAAACUCCUGAUAAUAUCUACUACUGGCUGUUGACUGACUAUCUGUGUGACCUGAUCUACAUCCUGGACAUCACCAUUUUUCAGCCGCGCCUCCAGUUUGUGCGUGGAGGGGACAUCGUGUGUGACAAAGAAGACAUGAGAAAGAAUUACAUGAAAACCAAGCGCUUCAAGUUUGAUGUGGCCAGUCUCGUUCCUCUGGAGCUCUUCUACUUUAAAACCGGCAUCAACCCGCUGCUCCGUUUACCCAGGCUGCUGAAGAUCAACUCCUUUUUUGAGUUCAACGAGCGUCUCGAGGCCAUUUUGACCAAAGCCUACAUCUACAGGGUGAUCCGAACCACCACCUACCUCCUGUACUGCCUGCACUGUAACGCCUGUCUCUACUACUGGGCCUCCGCCUUCACAGGACUGGGAUCCACCAAGUGGGUCUACAACGGCGAGGGCAACAGCUAUAUCCGCUGCUACUACUUCGCAGUGAAGACUCUGAUCACCAUCGGAGGUCUUCCUGACCCCACCACCCUGUUCGAGAUCGUCUUUCAGCUCAUCAACUACUUUGUAGGAGUCUUUGCUUUCUCGAUCAUGAUCGGGCAGAUGCGUGACGUUGUGGGUGCAGCCACAGCCGGUCAGACUUACUACCGCUCAUGCAUGGACAACACUAUUAAAUACAUGUCCUCCUACCGCAUCCCGAAGGACGUCCAGAACCGAGUCAAAACGUGGUACAACUACACCUGGCAGUCACAAGGCAUGCUGGACGAGCAGGAGCUGCUGACUCAGCUGCCUGAUAAAAUGCGUCUGGACAUCGCGAUCGACGUCAACUACUCCAUCGUGAGCAAAGUCCCUCUGUUUCAGGGCUGUGACAGACAGAUGAUCUUCGACAUGCUGAAAAGCCUCCGCUCUGUAGUUUACCUGCCAGGAGAUUAUGUCUGCAAGAAGGGCGAGGUUGGCCGGGAGAUGUACAUCAUUAAGGCAGGAGAGGUGCAGGUGGUCGGCGGGCCGGAUGGGAGGACGGUGUUCGUCACGCUGCGAGCGGGGUCUGUCUUUGGAGAGAUCAGCUUGCUUGCAGUCGGAGGAGGAAACAGGCGUACGGCCAAUGUGGUUGCUCACGGCUUUGCCAACCUGUUCAUCCUGGACAAAAAAGACCUGAAUGAGAUCCUGGUCCACUACCCCGAGUCCAAGAAACUGCUGCGCAAGAAAGCCAGAAAGAUGCUGAAUAAGGGAAAGAAGCCUGAGCCUAAAGAAGAGGCGAAGGAGGCCCCUCAGGGGCCCGUGGCCCCGGCCAGGACGGAAACUCCAAAACUGUUGAGGGCAGCGCUGGAGAUGACCGAGAAAUCCUCCGGACUGAAAGGAGCUCUGGCUAAAGUCAAAGAGAAAACCAACAAGUCCAAUAUCUCCCUGCAGCCAUCCAUCUCCUCCUCCCUGCCUCCUCCCUCUCCCUCCUCCAGCUGUGGACCAGAAAGAGACGCCGACUCGCCGUCGGCCACGUCCGCCGGCUCUGCCACGUUUCGCUCGGCUUCUCGUUGCCGCCUCUCUUCAAUGCCUCGGUCUGCGUUACAGGACACAGUCGAAAAGGACACUGUUCACAGCAGCCAGUGA